UUUGUCUUUCAGGUAGUAAAGCCUAAGCACUAACUAUAGUAUCACCGAGUGGGACCUUCUUUACUGUAGCCUGUGGUCUACACAGUGUUCUGUGAUACAGGCUGAUCUCUGGCAAGCAAAAUGAAUAGGAACUCCCCACAAAAACUUGACGUGUCCCACGUAGGGGCGACCAGGAUUCACCAAGUGUUACAGAAUAACACAGGAGGAUCCUCGAACUCUCACUCCCGAUCCUCCUCCACAUCCUCCUCCCAUCACAUGUCCAACUCCCUGCCUCACAACGCCCACCCACAGACCCACCCUGAAAAGGUCCGCAGCAACAAUAACUCCCCCUCCCCACACGCACAGUUCCCCGACCCAGACUGGGAGGAGAAGGAGGAGUUGAGGUUACGAGAACUGGAGGAAGCCCGCGCACGCGCUGCGCAGAUGGAAAAAACAAUGAGAUGGUGGUCGGACUGCACCGCAAACUGGCGUGAGAAGUGGGGGAAGGUUCGGAACGAGAGGAACAAAGCCAGGGAGGAGAACCGUCAACUACGGGGAAAAUUGGACGCGGUGAUAAAAGAGCUCACGACCACCAAGAGGGAAAAGCAGGAGGUUUCUGUGGACCUUGAGAGGUUAAAAGGUGAGCUGGAGAAGGUGAACAAUGACAGGGAAGUUGCCAGUGUGAUGACAGACACAACGUGUGGAAGGAAAUCCCCCAGUCAAGACGUGGUUCCAGAGAGGGACAUCUCGGUCUGUGAGAAGGCAGAGAAGGAAAAUGUGAGCGAGAAGCAGGAAAAGAUGUUUGACAACAAGAACGAGCUACAUCUGGACAUUGAGAUUGACAAACCCGAGCGCCCGCCGAGCUGGAGCGGCACGGCAUCCCGCAGUCGUGACCGCGCCCAGCUGGAGGAGCUGAUGGCUGAGAAGGAGAAGACGGAGCAGAAGAUGUGCAUGCUGCAGAUGAAACUGGAGGAGAGCUCCAAAACCAUCCAGAUUGAGAGGGAUGAGAAGAGUGUCCUAAUGAAGGAGAUUGAGAAGCUCCAUGGGGACCUGUCUACCAUGAAGAACAAGUGUGAGGAGGUGACCAUGUCUCGCAGUGAGGUUCAGAAGGAGCUGAACCGCCUGAAGUCCCUCCACCAGCAGGAGCUGAGCAGGGUGACUCUUGACCUGGAGGAAGAGUCCACCUCUAGAUCCACCAUGGAUAAGAAGCUACACGACCUCAGGAAGGAGAUCGAGAGGCUCCAGGCAGAGAACGCCCAGGAGUGGGGUAAGAGCGAGCGUCUGGAGACGGAGAAACUGGCCCUGGAGAGGGACAACAAGAAGCUGCGCACACAGGUGGAGGACCUGGAGGAACAGCUGGACAGGAAGACAAAGGAGGCGUCGGCAGCGCUGGACUCCGAUGUCAAAAGUCUCCAGAGCCAGCUCCACGACAGGAACAAGGAAGUUGGAGACUUGAAACAUGAAAACAACAAGUUGAAGAAGAAACUUCAGGAUAAGGCAGCAGAACUUCACCAUGCACAGAAGAAGGCUGAACAAAGUGACACUGAAGUCAAACUGCUCAGGGGCCGCGUUGAGGAACUCAAGAAGUCCUUGGCUCAAGCCGAGGAUGAGGUUGACUGCCUCCAGAACAACCAGCGGAAGCAGCAGCGUACUCUGGAGGAGCAGCAGGAACAGUGUGAGAGUCUACAGGUCCAGGUGGACCACCUGCAAACAAGGCUGCGACAACAGCAACAGAAUGCCACCUUGCCACUCUUCAAGAAGCGCAGUGCCUCCUCCAGCGUGAAGUCUUACAGUGCACCGAUGGACGAUGGGUCUGAUCCUCUGUCUGAUGAGGACCUGGAUGACUCUCCGUAACAUCUAGUCUGCAGAGUGGGAUAUCACUGACACGAACAAGUGCACCAUGACAGCUCUAUGAUAUAGUCUUGUUCUUAUCUUCAGUUUACCACAUAUCCUAACACACAUUGUGCAACAGACAGUAUUUAUACUCAUUAGUUUUGAUAUCUCACCAGUCCCUGCAGUGACUUCCAUUUGUGCCUAGGAUGCCACAGUCACCUGUGCAGUAAUCUUACAGAAUUUUGGGUGGACCAGGAAGGGUUUUGAGGGGAGCAACAAAGGGAUAAAAAUGUCUGCUUAGAGGAUUACAGAAAGUUUAGUCAAAAAGUUGACAGGAACAUAUGUGUUGGUAAAUUUUUCCUGGACAAAACUUUGACCAACAUCUUAACUCCUCGCCUAUGAUUGUAUUUAGUCCAUGCCUGAGCUCGUAACCUCUAAAUCAUACAUAUUUGUAUUGUUAAUUCUGCAAGAAGCAUUCUCUGGUGUUAGACUGUUUUACGAUCCCAUAAAAGAUGAGAACUUGACCACUUAACCUCAUUGGAAAUGAAAUUGGGUUAGAUAUGGAGAUAGAUUGAUUUAGUGAUAUUUCACAGAUGCCCUUUGUAUGAACUAAUCCAAGUACCUCUAUGACAAAUUCUUUAAUCCACCCUGAUGGCUAAUAGUUCACUUAGAGUUGAUGAACAUGACAGUAACUCUUAAACAAUGAAUCUUCCUUCCACUAUUGACAGCCGUAUGGUCCGCAUUUUGCAGUCAAGCUGUUCAGGGAGUCAUCAGUAAAUGUCAGGUAAACAGCAGAGUCUUUACUCUAGAUGGACAUUCCCUGUCAAUGAA